AUGUCGGUCAAAACUAUUAAAGUCAGUAAUGUUUCAUUGGGAGCAUCUGAACAAGACCUUAAGGAGUUCUUUUCCUUUUCUGGUGAUAUUGAAUAUGUUGAAAUGCAAAGCCAUGAUGAACGAUCUCAAAUUGCCUUUGUCACUUUCAAGGAUCCACAAGGUGCUGAGACUGCAGUACUACUGUCGGGAGCAACAAUUGUUGAUUUGUCGGUUAGCAUAACUCUGGAUUCAGAUUACCGGCUUCCACCUGCUGUCUUGGCAUCAUCUGUCACAGAGGGUAAAACUCCUGGCGGUGCUGACUCUGCUUUACGGAAGGCAGAGGAUGUGGUCACCGGCAUGCUUGCCAAGGGCUUUAUUUUAGGGAAAGAUGCUGUAAACAAAGCAAAGGGUUUUGAUGAGAAGCACCAGUUAACUUCAACAGCCUCCGCAAAAGUUACCUCUUUUGACCAAAAACUUGGGCUUAGCGAGAAAUUAACUGCUGGGGCUUCAGUUGUGAGUGAUAGAGUUAAAGAAGUGGAUCAAAAGUUUCAGGUUUCAGAAAAGACCAAAUCAGCACUUGCUGCUGCAGAACAGAAAGUCAGUACCGCUGGGUCUGCUAUAAUGAAGAAUCGGUACAUACUCACCGGUACUUCUUGGGUAACUGGUGCUUUUAGUAAGGUUGCUAAGGCGGCUGGGGAUGUAGGACAAAAGACGAAAGAGAAAGUGGAAAAUGCAGAAGUGGAACAAAAUCGAAAAGUAGAAGACCAGUAUGCGCAGGUUCUUUCCGAGUCCCCAAAAGCAGCGGCAACGAGCGAACUGCACUCUUCCAAGCCCGCUCCUGCCCAGGGUUUGAUCCUUUGA